CCUCUUUUCUCUUGUAUAUGCUGGAAAAAAAUUUUAAUGUAUGCAUCAAGGUUUUUAGAGGAAAAUGCUAAAUACAUUGAUCCAAAGUGUCAUUUCACAUGGUAUUGUAUAAUUGAUUUAAUACAGCUUCUUAACAUUGGCCUCCGUUGCAUCCUCAGUUGCAUCUGACAGUCCUCAGGUUAAUGGUGUGAAAACAGGGACCCUGCUUUUCUCAACCUGUCAAGUGGUAAUUGGCCAACGGUUUCCUUUAAUAGCAGUCUGCCACAGGGACUGCAAACACCUCUUAAAUUGUGUACAAAAUAAUUGGUGGGGCUGGAACAAGGAGAGCAUGCAGUAAACAUGAAUCCUAGGCUUUAAGUGCAACAUUUCAAUACCAGCAUAUGCAAUAUAAGUACAUUCUUCUCGUCUUAUCUUGAUAAAGUCUAAUUAAUGUCUUCUUGUCUCUAUAUUGCAGGCUAUCCAUCCGUGCUCACGAGAGAGACGCAGAGAGGAAGACAGUGGAGGAAACAAUAAGAUGAGACCAUUUAAUGAUGGUAACCACUAAGGAGAAAAGCACAAGCCAACCUGAGGUUUUGAAAUCUCUUUUAAGCAUCACCACUGCAGGCAAACCUUAAUGAAUGAAAUUCAGUAAAAAGGCAGAUUUUUUUGAUUGGUACAUGGGGACAAUACCAUCCAUCAAUGAAGAGGAGACAAAUAAAUGGAUUGUUUCUAGCCCUGAGAACAGUUGAACAUCAGGCUAAUUUUCAAACAAGGUCAUUCCAGCUGUACUGAGACCACAGUGGUAUCACCCUGCUCUCAUUUUUCUGGCCCUGCACAUGACUCUCAGAGAAGCACCAAUGGCCUGCAGCUUAGGCAUGGUGAUGAGUGCCUUGUUUUGGUCUGUAGCCAUUGUGUAUUUGACUCAUAUUGACAGAGUCAAUGGAGACUGCUGGCUUAUUGAGGGUGAAAAGGGCUUUGUAUGGCUUGCAAUUUGUAGCCAAAACCAACCACCUUAUGAGGCCAUCCCACAGCAUAUCAACAGCACCAUUGUGGACCUUCGUCUGAAUGAAAACAAAAUCAAAAGUAUCCAUUAUUCUGCCCUUAGUCGCUUUGCCAACUUGACCUACCUGAACCUGACUAAGAAUGAAAUCUCCUACGUAGAGGAUGGGGCCUUUUCUGCUCAGUUUAACUUACAAGUCCUUCAAAUGGGCUUCAACAAGUUGCGGAACCUGACAGAGGGGAUCCUCAGGGGUUUAGGAAAGCUGCAGUACCUCUACCUCCAGGCAAACCUGAUUGAGACUGUGACACCCAAUGCCUUUUGGGAAUGCCCCAACAUUGAGAACAUUGACCUCUCCAUGAACCGAAUCCAGCAGUUAGAUGGAUCCACAUUUACCAGUUUGACUAAACUUACCACCUGUGAGCUGUACACAAACCCUUUCAACUGCUCCUGUGAAUUACUUGGUUUUGUCAAAUGGCUCUCAGUUUUCCCUAACAGGACAAAUGAGCGGAUGGUUUGCGACUCCCCACCUGGCGUCUCUGGUUAUAGUUUAUUGAGCCAGAUUCCUAACAAGCCAACAUAUCGAAAUGCUCUCCACCUGCUCACCACUGUGUGUACUGAUGACUAUGUGACACCAUUUUUUCCUGUGCCCAUUGAGCCAACGACACCUCCUCCGGACAUGACACUUUGUGGGCUAGAAGAUUGUCCUUCAGGCACAGAACCAGAAGACAUUACCAUCAGUACAACCUACAAUGAUGUGGAAGCAAACCCUGUGAUGAAACUGAAGCAAGUAACGAAUACAGGCGCCACCAUCACGGUUCAGAUUCCUCAUCCCUACAAGAAGAUGUACAUCCUGGUUCUGUACAACAACAGUUUUUUCACAGAUAUCCAAAACCUGAAAGAUAUAAAGGAGGAUAUUGAACUGAAAAACCUUAAACCCCACACUAACUAUACAUACUGUGUUGCUUCAAUUCGUAAUUCUCUUAGACACAACCACACUUGUCUGACAAUCCCUACUGGCCCUAGGAAUGGAAAGGGUAGAGUCGUAAACAAUGCAACAGCUACUCACUACAUUAUGACAAUUUUAGGCUGCCUCUUUAGCAUGGUCAUCUUUCUUGGGGUGGUCUACUACUGCUUAAGAAGAAAGCGUCAGCAAGAUGAAAAGCACAAAAAAGCAGGAAGCUUGAAGAAGAAUAUUAUGGAACUCAAAUAUGGACAAGAACUAGAAGGAGGGACUAUUUCUCGAAUGUCACAGAAGCAGUUGUUGGCCGGGGACAGCAUGGCACGUAUGCCAUACUUACCAUCUGCAAGUGAAAUGGAGCAGUACAAAUUUCAUGAUAUAAGUGAUACUCCUAAAAUGAUGAAGGGGAAUUACAUGGAUGUGCGAAGUGUGGACCACCAUGAACGCAGGGAGUGUGACAUGGGAAUGGCUGGGAAUAGCCAGGGGUCAGUGGCAGAGAUUUCCACCAUUGCAAAAGAGGUGGAUAAAGUCAAUCAGAUAAUUAACAACUGUAUAGAUGCUCUGAAGUCAGAAUCCACGUCCUUUCAAGGGGUGAAAUCUGGAGCAGUGUCCACCGCAGAGCCCCAGCUCGUAUUAUUAUCAGAGCACCCACAGAGUAAAUCUGCCCUUCUGUCCCCAGUUUAUAAGGACAGCUACCAUCAUUCUCUGCAGAGGCAUCGGACCUCCGAUGUCUCGCCAAAGAGGCCCAGCACUGCCACAGGAGGGCCCAUGCGAAGCCCCAGGCCUUAUCGCUCUGAAUCCAAGUACAUAGAGAAAACCACCCCAACAGGAGAGACCAUCCUCACUGUAACACCUGCUGCCGCUAUCCUGAGGGCUGAGGCAGAGAAGAUCCGUCAGUACAGCGACCACCGACACUCGUAUCCUGAUGCUCAGAUAGAGGAGCUAGAAGGACCUGACAGCCACAAGUCCUCCAUGUUGGAGCCUCUUACUCACUCCCGCUCCAGAGACUUAGCAUAUUCUCAACUCUCAUCUCAGUAUCACAAUCUAAGCUACUCCUCAAGUCCCGAAUACUACUGCAAACCUUCACACAGCAUCUGGGAGCGAUUCAAGCUCCAUCGGAAAAGGCACAAAGAUGAGGAAUACAUGGCCGCGGGCCAUGCGCUGCGUAAGAAAGUCCAGUUUGCAAAGGAUGAGGACCUGCAUGAUAUUUUAGACUACUGGAAAGGUGUAUCAGCCCAACAUAAAUCAUAACCUCUUUUAGGUGUUUUUAAAUGGACUACACAUUGCAGAAAUGACACAAGAACCUCAUCAGACAAUUGAAUCAAUGGAUACUUCCAUAUUAUAAUCAACUACUCGCUCACGUGUAUCACAUUCUCUUUUGACUGUGAGGAAAAUUGGGUAAAGAUUCUUUAAAUUUGUCAUAUUAUGUAAAUCAUU